AUGGACGGGAAGCCAGUCUUCAACGAUGGAGACGCCAUCGACCCCGAGAAAAGGGAUGCCGCUGGUAUUCCCCAUGGGGCUGGCGCCAGUCAGGAAGUCAAGAUUGCCGACAACCACGAGCCCUACAAGCUACCAUUCUGGACUCGCAUGGGAUGCACGCCGGAGUCCUUCAAGAAAAGAAGUACUACGGACAAGCACAAUCAACUCAACCAAACUUUGCGUUCCCGCCAUUUGCAUAUGAUUGCCAUCGGCGGCUCAAUUGGCGCUGGUCUUUUUGUUGGUACUGGUUCGGCGCUUCGAAGAGGUGGGCCUGCCUCGCUUCUCCUGGAUUAUGGCAUCAUAGGUAUCAUGAUCUUCAAUGUCGUCUUUGCUCUUGGGGAGCUUUGCAUCAUGUAUCCUAUCUCUGGCGGCUUCUACACGUUCUCCACACGGUUCAUCGACCCUUCCUGGGGCUUUGCCAUGGGUUGGAACUAUGUGUUCCAAUGGGCAAUAGUGCUGCCGCUUGAGAUUACUGUGGCCUCCUUUACCAUAUCCUUCUGGACCACCAACGUCCAUGUGGCUGUAUGGAUUUCGAUGUUCCUGGCAAUUAUCAUCAUCAUCAACGUAUUUGGCGUCCUGGGAUACGGCGAAGAAGAGUUCUGGUCCAGUGCACUGAAACUUAGCGCCAUUGUGAUCUUCAUGAUCAUUGGUCUUGUCCUCGUCCUAGGCGGUGGUCCAAGUGAUGGUAUCUACGACAGCUACUGGGGCGCUCGAUUGUGGUAUGACCCUGGAGCGUUCCGAAACGGCUUCAAGGGCUUCUGCUCAGUCUUCGUCACGGCCGCCUUCGCCUUCUCCGGAACAGAACUUGUUGGUCUCGCCGCAGCCGAGUCCAGAACACCGUUGAAAUCGCUCCCGUCGGCUGUCAAGCAAGUCUUCUGGCGAAUCACACUAUUCUACAUCCUGUCUCUUCUGUUCGUUGGACUGCUCGUCCGUUCUGAUGACGAGCGUCUCCUUGGUGCCAAUCCUUACGUCGACGCACAAGCCUCCCCCUUUGUCCUUGCUGCUCGGGAUGCUGGACUCAUUGGGUUUGACUCGUUUAUGAACGUGGUCAUUCUCGUGUCGGUUAUCUCGAUCGGCAACAGUGGUGUCUAUGGUGGCAGUCGAACACUUACCGCCCUGGCUGAGCAAGGCUACGCGCCCAAGAUCUUCGCCUACGUCGACCGCGCCGGUCGCCCAUUAGUCUCUACGAUCACCAUCAUCGCCUUUGGCGCUUUGGCUUACCUUGGCGUCGCUGAAUCCGGUAUCGAGAUCUUUGACUGGCUUCUUGCAUUGUCCGGGCUCGCUGCCCUCUUCACAUGGGGGUCAAUCUGCGUGGCACACAUCCGAUUCCGCUCGGCGUGGCACCAUCAGGGUCGCUCACUCGACGACAUCCCGUUCAAGGCGGUCGGUGGCGUCUACGGGUCUUGGGUCGGGAUCAUCCUCAUCGUUCUGGUCCUGAUCGCUCAAUUCUACGUCGCGAUCUGGCCUCCUGGUGGCGGCGUCAAUGACGCCGAGGGCUUUUUCAAGUCGUACCUCGCUCUACCUGUGGUCAUGUUUUUCUGGGCGUGCGGCUAUCUCUGGAAACGAGAGGGAUGGCUGAGACUCGAUCAGGUCGAUCUCGACUCGGGACGGAGGGAGAUUGAUUGGGAGGCGCAUCACAAGGAGGUCGAGAAGAGAAGGAACGCAAGUCUGCCGAUGAGAGUCUUUUACUUUAUGUUUUAGAGAGAUAGAAGGACUUGUCAUUUCAGAGAGAUCAGAGGCGGGGACUGGUCGAAGAGUCUCCUGGAGGGUGGUACUAGAAAGAUGAGAUGCGCUCGGAAUAGCCUCCAAGUUUGAAGUGUCACGGAUUGUCUGCAAGCCUAUGCUCCACGGUCCACAGUCC